GCCCGGCGCGGUGCGGGAGGCGGCGGCCCUGGCCGAGGAGUGGUAGGACUCGGGCUGGAGCGUGGCCGGACCCCCACCCAGCGCGGGGCCCCGGGAGGACGCGGCAGAGUCACAGUGGCAGCUUGGAGACUUGAAGAACACCUGGGUCCCUGAAGUAAUCGUCUCUAGACUCCAGCCCCAAAUCUGCCACCAUUCCGUGCUGCGGGGACACCAUGGCUCCAGAAGAAGACGCUGGAGGGGAGGCCUUAGGGGGCAGUUUCUGGGAGGCUGGCAACUACAGGCGGACGGUGCAGCGAGUGGAAGAUGGGCACCGGCUGUGUGGGGACCUGGUCAGCUGCUUCCAGGAGCGUGCCCGCAUUGAGAAGGCCUAUGCCCAGCAGCUGGCCGACUGGGCCCGCAAAUGGAGAGGCACUGUUGAAAAGGGCCCACAAUAUGGCACACUGGAGAAGGCCUGGCAUGCCUUCUUCACUGCUGCCGAGCGGCUGAGCGAGCUACACUUGGAGGUGCGGGAGAAGCUGCACGGGCCGGACAGUGAGCGGGUGCGCACUUGGCAGCGGGGGGCCUUUCACCGGCCAGUGCUGGGUGGUUUCCGUGAGAGCCGAGCUGCUGAAGAUGGCUUCCGCAAGGCCCAGAAACCCUGGCUGAAGAGGUUGAAGGAGGUUGAGGCUUCUAAGAAGAGCUACCAUGCAGCCCGCAAGGAUGAGAAGACAGCCCAGACCCGGGAGAACCACGCCAAGGCAGACAGCGCUGUGUCUCAGGAGCAGCUGCGGAAACUGCAGGAGCGGGUGGGCCGCUGUGCCAAGGAGGCAGAGAAGACAAAAACCCAGUAUGAGCAGACCCUGGCGGAGCUGCACCGCUAUACUCCACGCUACAUGGAGGACAUGGAGCAGGCUUUUGAGAGCUGCCAGGCUGCAGAGCGCCAGCGACUUCUCUUCUUCAAGGAGAUGCUGCUCACCUUGCACCAGCACCUUGACCUCUCCAGCAGUGACAAGUUCCAUGAACUCCACCGAGACUUGCACCAGGGCAUUGAGGCAGCUAGUGAUGAGGACGAUCUGCGCUGGUGGCGUAGCACCCACGGGCCGGGAAUGGCCAUGAACUGGCCACAGUUUGAGGAGUGGUCCUUGGAUACACAGAGAACAAUCAGCAGGAAGGAGAAGGGUGGCCGGAGCCCUGAUGAGGUUACUUUGACCAGCAUCAUGCCCACCAGAGAUGGCACUACUCUUCCAUCCCAGCCUCCAGGGUCGCCAGGUGGUGGGCAGGAUGAAGAGUGGUCAGAUGAGGACAGUCCCAGGAAGGCUGCCACUGGGGUGCGGGUUCGAGCACUCUAUGACUACGCUGGCCAAGAAGCUGAUGAGCUGAGUUUCCGAGCAGGGGAGGAGCUUCUGAAGAUGAGCGAGGAGGAUGAGCAGGGCUGGUGUCAGGGCCAGUUGCAGAGUGGUCGCAUUGGUCUGUACCCUGCCAAUUACGUGGAAUGUGUAGGUGCCUGAAUGCCCUGACAGCUCUACUGCAAUGUUCCUCCACCUUGGGUCAGAACCCAGCUGCUCCUAUAGAUCUGGACUUGAGGGCCCUGAACUACCAUGCUGCUGCUACCUCUCUGUCUCCUGGGGAGGGAGGAAGUUCUGGGACUCAGGGAGGGAAGGGGCCUGUGUCUAGGAAGGGGAAAAGCCAAUUGAGUCUGAGGAUAGGAUGGGAGGAGGGAAGUGUGACAGAAGGGUUGAGGGGUGCUUGGGCCUCCCCAGGGACACGGGUCUCUCCAGGAGCAGAAGAUCCAGUUUCUGAUGUUUUGGGAUUCCUGGGGUGGGCUUGGAGGUGAGUAUAGUUCUAGGGUUAGCAGCAGCACCCUCUUUUGUGACUUGUUCUAGUGUGUAUUAUUAAACUUGAUUAAAAAGAAAAAAAUCAGG